UCGUGAAAUUGAAUAGUAAAGAAAGAAGAAACAAAAAAUAGUGAGUCUCUUAAGUUGGUGAGUGGUGGUGAUUUAUGGGAAAAUUUAAGAAAGGAUGAGGUUUAUGUAUCUCUCUCUCAUAUUGUCACUUCAUUCAUUUCCCUUCAUUUUUUCUCCUUUCUUAAUAUCUUCUUCGUUCUUGUCCUAUCUCUCUACCUUCAUUCAUCAAAUAACUUUGCUUAUUACUUAAUUUUAUAUAUAUAUAUAUAUCCCUCAAUUCCACUUUUAUUUUUUCAGUUUUUAUUUCGAGCAGUUUUAAAUAUUUUUCUCUUUAUAAAAUUUUCAAUAUUUAAAUUUGGUUUAUUGAUUUUACCCACUUUCAAUUUUGUUACGAAAAUAUCACGAGUAGAUCAUAAUAUUCCCCAAUUGCCCUUCGGAUUCAAUCAAAGGAGCAAGCAAUAUAAUAAACCCAUCGACAUCACAUAUCUUUCUAUACCAAAUAUAAUAAUAUUAGAUUUUCUUUUAUUAUUUCAAAAAUUAAAAAAAUGGCUAAUGCAACCCACCAAAACCCUGAUUUUCAUAUCUCAAAAGCUCCUCAUAAAUUAAACACUAAUAAACAAAUUGUACCCAAAAACAAACUCUCAAAAAAAUUAUCCCCAAAACUCAAGACAAAAAUGAGGAACCCUAGUUUUUCCAACAAAGCUCUUAAAGUUGUUCAUAUAUCUAGCCCUAUGAAAUACAAAGCCACCGUGGCUGAGUUUCGGGCCUUAGUUCAGGGCCUAACGGGCCGUGAUGCCGUCAUUGACUGGCCCGAUGAGCCCGCCCAUGGUAGUGAUCAAAAUCAAUGUAAAACAGAUGGUAAUAUAAUUAGUGUUGAUGAUGGUGGUAAUUAUGGUGUCUGUGAGCAGGUGGAUAAUCAAGAUCCUCAUCAUGAUUUUGAAGAGGGCGCUUGUUUUGGAUCGUCUGAUCUUAGCUAUGAUUAUUUUGGAAAUUUCCAUAGUGAUGUUGAUGAUCAUGACUAUGAUAUGGAAUUGGAAAGUCUUCGAGCAUUUAUGGUCGAUGAUGAUCAUUAGUUGAAGAAAUGUGAUGAAAUAAUGCAUGGUAAUUUUUCAAAUUCUAAUCAUGUAAAUUUGGUAAGUAUUUCUUACUUUAUAAAAUGAGUAUUAAAAAAUAAUUAAAAGCCAUGUGUUGUAAUUUUCUAGUUAAUUAACUAGUAACUACUCUAUAAGCUAGGCUUUGUAACCAGGUUUAAUCCUAAUUAUUUGUUUAUAUAUGUUAAUUAAUUAUAUCAUGUAUGGAGCAAAUAAUGUACCCCUCCAUAUUUUUUCUCCCCAUUUACUUUUUGAAU